AUGCCCCAAUCGUUUACCUCCAUCGUUAAGAUUGGUGAUUACAUUUUGAACUCACCAUCUCUUUCCAAGUUUUUGGUCCCAGUUGCACGUCAAUACAUCAAUCUAUCUGGUUACAGAAAAUUGGGUUUGAGAUUUGAUGAUUUAAUCGCUGAAGAAAAUCCAAUUGUCCAAACUGCAUUGAGAAGAUUACCUGAAGAUGAAUCCUACGCAAGAGUCUACAGAAUUAUUAGAGCUCACCAAACUGAAUUAACUCACCAUCUUUUGCCUAAGAACGAAUGGAUUCAACCAAAGGAGGAUAUCCCAUUCUUGUUGCCUCACAUCUUAGAAGCUGAAGCUGCUGCUAGGGAAAAGGAAGAGUUGGACAACUUGGAAGUUACCAAAUAA